AUGACUAAAGAUCAAACAACAAAUUACGGUUUUGGUACUAACGCUAUUCACGUCGGUGCACCAAUUGAUCCUCAUACCGGUGCAGUUAUUGAACCAGUUUCUUUAUCAACUACUUUCGCUCAAAGUGAACCAUCUAAACCUUUAGGUAUUUAUGAAUACUCCAGAUCUGCUAAUCCAAACAGAGAUAAUUUCGAAAUUGCUGUUGCUAAAUUAGAAAAUGCUAAAUAUGCUCUUGCUUUAGCUUCAGGGUCCGCUACUACUGCUUUAAUUAUUCAAUCAUUACCUGUCAACAGUCAUAUUGUCAGUAGUGGUGAUGUUUAUGGUGGUACUCACAGAUAUUUCACCAAAGUUGCCAACACUCAUGGUGUUGAAGCUACUUUCGUUGGUGAUUUAGUUAAAGAUUUAAAAUCCAACUUGAGAGAAAAUACCAAAUUAGUAUGGUUAGAAACUCCAUCAAACCCAACUUUAAAAGUUACUAACAUCAAUAAAGUUAAAGAAAUUUUAAACGAACACGAAUCAGUUACUGGUAAUAAAGUUUUAUUAGUUGUUGAUAACACUUUCUUAUCUCCAUACAUUUCCAAUCCUUUAAAUUUUGGUGCUGAUAUCGUUAUUCACUCCGUUACUAAAUAUAUCAAUGGUCAUUCUGAUGUUGUUAUGGGUGUCUUAGCCGUUAAUGAUGAUGAAUUACAUGAAAAAUUAAGAUUUUUACAAAAUGCCAUUGGUUCAAUCCCAUCACCUUUUGAUUCAUGGUUAGCUCACAGAGGUUUAAAAACUUUACAUUUAAGAGUUAAACAAGCUUCAGAAAGUGCUUUAAAGAUUGCUGAAUAUUUAUCAUCCCACUCAAAGGUUUCAUUGGUUAACUACCCAGGUUUGAAAACUCAUGAAAACCACGAUGUCGUUUUAAAACAACACAGAAACGGUUUAGGUGGUGGUAUGAUCUCAUUCAGAAUUAAUGGAGGUGCUCAAGCUGCUUCAGUAUUCACUUCAUCGACCAAAUUAUUCACUUUAGCUGAAUCUUUAGGUGGAAUUGAAUCAUUAAUUGAAGUUCCAGCUAUCAUGACCCACGGUGGUAUUCCAAAAGCUGAAAGAGAAUCUAAUGGUGUUUAUGAUGAUUUAGUUAGAAUCUCAGUCGGUAUUGAAGAAACCGAUGAUUUAUUAGCAGACAUUGAACAAGCUUUAGAAAGAGUUUAA